AUGACGGCGUACGAUUCCUCCCGGCCCCGGUCCAUCGGGCCCGCCGCCGACGACGAUGUGGUCCGCGACAUUGAGAAGUCUGGUGCCGAGGACCACCACGACCACCACGACGACAAGGCUGCCAUCCUGGAGCCUCAGCUCAACGUCGGCGGCCACGGCCGCACCCAGCGCCGUCUUCGCGACUAUCAGGUCACCAUGAUUGGUUUCUGCAGUGGUAUCGGAACUGGUCUCUUCAUCGGAACGGGCUCGGCCUACGCCAAGGCCGGCCCGGCUGGUCUUCUGCUCGCCUACAUUAUCGUCGGUGCCGUUUUGUGGUGUGUGAUGCAGAGUAUUGGAGAACUUGCGACGCUGAUUCCCACCGCCGGUUCAUUCCCUCACUGGGCAACCCGCUUCAUCGACCCGGCCGUCGGCUUCUCCCUCGCAAUCUCCUACGGCUACUGCUACACAAUCUCCAUCGGCGCAGAAGCCUCGGCGGCUGCGAUUCUGGUAUCGUACUGGACAGACAUAACGCCCGCGGUCGUCAUCACGAUAUCCCUCGCCCUUAUCCUCUUCUGUAAUCUGCUCAGCGUGCGCUGGUACGGCGAGACCGAGGUCGUGGGCGGCUCCAUCAAGGUCCUCUGCUUCAUCGGCCUAGUCUUCACCUCCAUCAUCAUUACCGCCGGCGGAGGUCCCAACCACGAGGCCAUUGGCUUCCGGUACUGGAAUAACCCGGGUGCCUGGGUUGAUUACAACGGCAUCACCGGCUCGACUGGUCACUUCCUGGGCUUCCUCGCUGCCUUUGUGAACGCGUCCUUCUCCUUCAUUGGUGUCGAGACAGUCGUCAUCAGCGCCGCAGAAUCAAUCAACCCCCACAAAGCCAUCCCCAACGCCGCCCGCCGCGUAACAUGGCGCAUCGGCUUCUUCUACGUCCUCGGCGCCCUCCUCAUCUCCCUCAUCGUCGACCCCCGCGAAGAAGGCCUCGUCUCCGACUCGGGCAACGCAAACUCCUCCCCCUGGGUCAUCGCCAUUCGCCAAGCCGGCAUCAACAUCCUCCCCUCCAUCGUCAACGCCUGCAUCCUCGUCAGCGCCUGGAGCGCGGGUAACUCGUACUGCUGGGUCGGCUCCCGCAUGAUCGUCGCCAUGACGACGGACCGCCAGCUGCCGCAGUUCUUCGGCCGCACGACCAAGCACGGCGUGCCGUACGUUGCUGUUAUCACCGCGUGGUUGUUUGGCCCGUUGGCGUAUCUCAGUCUCGGCUCUGGCGGUGCCGCUGAUGCGUUCAACUGGUUGCUGAGUUUGAGUACCGUUGCUGGGUUGAUCGCGUGGGCCACGCUUUGCUUCAGCUACAUCCGCUUCCACAAGGCGAUGAAGGUGCAAGGUGUCAGCCGUGAUACUUUGCCCUGGAAGGCACCUUUCCAGCCGUUCGCUGCCUGGUUCGGCUUCAUUGGAUCGACCAUUAUCGUCUUCGUAGCUGGCUUCUCCGUCUUCCUUGCUGGUAACUGGUCGACCUCGGACUUUAUCUCAUCGUAUAUCGGCAUCCCCAUCUUCAUCGUGCCCAUCAUCGUGUGGAAGAUUGUUCAUAAGACCAAGUUCGUCCGCGCUCACGAGAUCGAUCUCUGGUCUGGCCGUCUUCACGAGUCAGAGUGGGCCCCAGAGAAGGCCAAGCCGACGACAUUUGGCGGGAAGGUCAAGGAUUGGUUCUCAUGA